CGCCUUAUCCUCUCAACCAGACCCAUCAUCUUCCUCCUCCACACGCGCGCAUCAGUCACCGGCCACAAGCCUCCUCCCGCCCCAAUGGAGGCCGUCCUGCGACAUCCAUCCCUUUCCCGCCUCAAAGCCCCCAACCCAGCUGCUCACAGAACCCAGUACCUCUCCAUCACCGUCCCUCGCCGUCCCCGCGUCCCCAAGCGCCGCCUCGCCGCCGCCGCGCUGUUCCAGGACCAGACCAACCCAAGAACCGCGGCAACAAGCAAGGGGGGCGAUGAAGAAGACGAGGAGGGGUACGGAGAGGUGGACCGCAUCGUCUCCAGCCGAACCGUCAAGAACGCGGUGUUCGCGGAGGACGGCUCGGCCACCACCGUCACCGCCACGGAGUACCUCGUCGAGUGGAAAGACGGGCACGAGCCGACCUGGAUCCCGUCGGAGGCGAUAGCCGCGGACGUGGUGGCGGAGUACGAGACGCCGUGGUGGGAUGCCGCCAAGAAGGCCGAUGUGGAUGCGCUGGGCGCGCUGCUGGCGGACGAGGCGCUGCGGCGGGACCCGAACGCCGAGGACGCGCAGGGGCGCACGGCGAUGCACUUCGCCGCGGGGCUCGGGUCGGAGGAGUGCCUGCGCUUGCUCGCGGAGGCGGGGGCGGACGUGGGCCACGCGGAGCGCGCCGGCGGAGGGCUGACGCCGCUGCACAUCGCGGCGGGGUACGGCCGGGCGACGGGCGUGCGCGCGCUGCUGGAGCUGGGCGCCGACGCGGAGAGCCCCGACGGGAAGGGCCGGACGCCCCUGGAGCUGGUGCAGGAGGUGCUGGCUGCGACGCCCAAGGGCGUGCCAGCGGCGUUCGAACGGCGCCAAGCGCUCGAGGCGGCGGCGAAGGAGCUGGAGAAGGCCGUGUACGAGUGGGGCGAGGUGGAGAAGGUGGUGGACGGGCGCGGCGAGGGCAAGUGGCGGGAGUACCUGGUGGAGUGGCGCGACGGCGGCGACCGGGAGUGGGUGAAAGCGCCGUGGGUGGCGGAGGACCUGGUGAAGGACUUCGAGGCCGGGCUGGAGUACGGCGUCGCGGAGGCCGUCGUGGACAGGAGGCAGGCGGCGGACGGCGACGGGGACGGCAAGUGGGAGUACCUCGUCAAGUGGGUGGACUUUGAGGAGGCGACGUGGGAGCCCGCGGAGAACGUGGACGCCGAGCUCGUGCAGGAGUUCGAGCGGCAGCAGUCGGGGAACGGUGGCGCCGCACCGCCGGCGGAGACAUUUGCCGGGUGACGGCGGCCGUCGAUCGUGCUCGGUUCGCUCUUCGGUUUUGUCGUGUCGAUGGAACGUCGCAGUAUGUAUCAUUAGCGAUCGAAGAGAUUUUUGUGUGAUUAUUAAUUAAGAAAACAUUCUCAUGA